CAGUUGCAGCCAUCAAAUUAUUCGGUUGAAAUUAAUAAUAAUCUUGUAGUGAUAGAGUGUCCUGGAAUAAGCAGAAGGAAUCGCUUAGUGCAAUCCUUUAAAAUAAUGAAAGCUGUGGCGCUCGGAAGUUAAUUUAUUCUUGUCAUCUCUAAUUUUUUGAAAUGUAGGACUAACCCGGUAUACUACGUGUAUCUUUAAAUGUAGUGUUAUCCCGAAAACUAAUAUUCCGUGGGUUUUACAUGUUUGUGCAAAUGUAAUGUGCAAAAAUCUGGAAGGAUUCAUGAAAAUGAUUUCCUACUCAAACUACUAGGAUUAUUUAACGAAUUCUCUGAUAACGUGGAAUAUUUAUAAAACAGACACACGGAUAUGAUUCCUGUUGCAUUUCUGCUCGUCAUAAUCGCAUUAUGUUUAGAAAAACUAGUAGCGGGCGAAUACCAGCAGAGUCUGGCAUUCACGGAUAUCCUCCCGGAAGAUUCAAAGCGUUAUGAUAAAAUGCGCCCUCCUAAGAAAGAUGGUCAGGCAACAACCGUCUUUUUUCACGUCACUGUCAUGGGUUUAGAUUCCAUUGACGAAACAUCUAUGACCUACGCAGCUGACAUUUUUUUUGCUCAAACGUGGAAGGAUCAUCGCUUGCGAUUGCCUGAAAAUAUGACGACAGAAUAUCGGCUGCUGGAAGUAGACUGGCUUAAGAAUAUGUGGCGACCUGAUUCCUUCUUCAAGAACGCUAAAUCUGUAACGUUCCAAACUAUGACUAUACCUAAUCAUUAUAUGUGGUUGUAUAAGGAUAAAACAAUCUUGUACAUGGUCAAGCUGACCCUCAAAUUAUCGUGCGCUAUGAAUUUUGCAAUUUAUCCACAUGACACGCAAGAAUGUAAAUUGCAAAUGGAAAGCUUGUCACACACAACUGAUGAUAUGAUUUUUCAAUGGGACCCCGACGUUCCUCUGGUUGUAGACGAGAACAUCGAAUUACCGCAACUUGCUUUAAUCGAGAAUAAAACUGCAGACUGCACCCAAGUUUACUCUACCGGCAACUUCACAUGCCUUGAAGUCAUAUUCAUCCUAAAAAGGCGUCUUGGUUACUACAUAUUCCACACCUACAUCCCAACUUGCAUGAUCGUAAUUAUGUCUUGGGUUUCAUUCUGGAUAAAACCUGAGGCUGCUCCCGCACGGGUCACUUUGGGAGUUACAUCCCUUCUGACACUGUCUACGCAACAUGCCAAGUCGCAAGCGGCUUUACCACCUGUAUCCUAUCUAAAAGCGGUGGACGCAUUCAUGUCUGUAUGCACAGUUUUCGUAUUUAUGGCCCUAAUGGAGUACUGCCUCGUAAAUAUAGUAUUAGGUGACACACAAGUUCCGAAGCCUGCAGCACCUCCACCACCACCAGAGCCGCCAAAGGAGGAAAAACCGGAGAAAACUGACAAAAUUGAAAAAAUAAUAUUCGACGAUUUCCCGACUACCAAUUCGAAGGCGCUAUUGGCUGAAAUCAACAAAUUUCAUAAGAAUAGCCGACGAAGUACGACAUCAGACAUAAAUCCCGAUGGCCCGUGGGUUCCCAGACGUGAAAGUACAAUUCUUCUAUCGCCACAUAUCGCUAAACCUCCACCUCCACCACCAACACCACCAAAACCACCAGAGCCACCGAAAUUAACUCCCGCCCAACAGAGACUUGCCAACGCCAUAAAUAUCGACCGCUUUUCCAGAGUUUUCUUUCCGUUUUUGUUUUCAAUUUUGAAUUUGACAUAUUGGAUCCUAUUUUGGGAGUACAUCUAAAGUAAUGGAAAGUUAAGAAAGAAAUUUUUUUGGUUCCUCGUUCUCCGUAGAUUUGUAGUCAUUGCGAAAGCCAAGGAUAUUAAGUCAGGAAUUAUUAUUAUAUUCGGGAUAUUUCCCUUUAAUUUUUACUCAGUCCUGAAGUGACACUUGGAAAAGAGGUUAAAUUGAAAAUUGGAUCGUAUCUUGGAAAGUUUAGAUAGUCUGUUAUGUAGCAAAAAAUAGAUUGGCUUUCAUAGUUAUUUUUUUUUCAGUUUAAAUAAAUAAAUUAAAAUGUGUAAAUUUUUUAAUAAACGACAGUUUGGUCGAUUUGAAGGUUCAAUAAAGAAAGUCUAAUAUGUGAAAGAUAUAAACCCAGGUAAGGGCGAAAACAAGGUCACAUUUAACUAGAGUUUGCGCCGGGAAAUGUCAGGGUGGUUUCAUGUAUUUUAAAAUGGUAGUGUUCCUUUGUUAAUUCUUAAGUAAUUUGGUAAGGGAAGUUGACCAGUUAUUCUAACGGAGAAUAUUUUCUAGGCGACUAGCCUAUAUUUGGAAUUAUCAUAUUUAGAGAUGUAUCGACUUAACUAAUACAGAUACGUAAAACAUAAUACAUAAUUGUGAAAGGAAACAUAAAUCUAAAAUUAUCCAUCAUUAUACCUACAAACGUACAUACGUACCAUGACAACUAAAAGCUUGGUAUCAUAUUUGCAUGUCUACAUUUUCCCAACUCUAUAAAUAUAAUAAAAUAAUAUUGAGAUUUUAUGAUUACUGAACAAGUAAUUGAACUAAGUCUUCUAAACCACAUCUUGUAAAACCUUAUUGUACGGUUUCAAAAGGAUAUGAAGCAUACAGAAAAUAAAAGAGAACAAUUAUCAAAGUUAUCUACUGCAAAGUCUAUAUUUUCUGUGACCAUAGCAUAUAUAUUGAUGUUGAAAAAUUAAAAUAUUUAAGAGCUUCUUGAUGGUGGCCGAAAUUUUCAAAAAGAUGGAAUAAUUCACUCCAAAGUCAUAAUGCAGAAAUACCAAUUUUAUGAAAAAACUAUUAAUGUAUCGUCAUACAUGUUAAUUAAAUGUACUUGAUGUAUCCUUCAAAAAAA